AUGGCGUCCGACGAGAAAAAAGAGAUCAGCGUUGUUCCCCAGAGUCCACCUUCCAGCAUCCGAGUUGGCUCCAUCAAGCUCGCCGCUGCCGGCGAUGACUUUGAAGUCUUCAAGCAAACGACCGAUGGAGUCCAAUUCCGCCUCGUUGGCUGGAUCAAAGCCAGCGUGAUAUUCUUGAAACCCUUAAACACAUACUUCGCCAUCGUGCAAGGCAACUUCCGCAACUCGCACGCGCAAUGUCACUCCAUCGCCGACAUGGCCUACGUCGUCGGCGGGCCCGUCGUGCGCGAGAUCUGCGGCUUCCUCUUCAUCGUCGCGUACGUGCUGUGCGCGGGUUCGGGCAUUGUGGGGCUGAGCGUCGGGUUCAAUGCGUUAAGUGAGCACGCGGCGUGUACGGUUUGGUGGGCGCUAUUGGCGUAUGUCGCGGUUGUGGCGAGCGCAAGUGUGAGGAAAUUUGAGAAGAUUGGGUGGUUGUCUUGGGCGGGCUUUGCGAGCGUGUAUGUUGCCGUCUUCGUCGUUGUUGUAGGUGUGACGACGCGCGAUCGACCUGCAGCUGCACCGCCGGUGGGCGAGUAUGAUUUCGGAUAUCAUGCGAUUGCGUAUCCGUCGUUCAUGGUCGGGAUGACGGCAUCAGCCACGAUCUUUGUGUCUUCGGCUGGGACUUCUGCUUUCUUGCCUGUCAUCAGUGAGAUGAAGAACCCGCGCGACUACAACAAGUCCGUCUACCUCUGCAUGUCCAUCGUACAAGCCUCCUACCUCACCUUCUCACUCGUCGUCUAUGCCUACUGCGGAAAAUGGGUCACCGACCCCUCUCUCGGAUCCGCCGGCCCCUUGAUCAAGAAGAUUGCAUACGGAAUCGGUCUGAUUGGGCUAAUGGUAUCCGGCUGCCUCUACCUGCACGUCGCCGCCAAAUACGUUUUCGUACGCAUCCUCCGUAACUCACCCCAUUUGCAGCGCAACAGCGCGAUUCACUGGGGCACGUGGUUCGGAUGUACGAUUGGUCUUGGUAGCUUGUCGUUUGUGUUGGCACAGGCGAUCCCAAUCUUUAGCUUCCUGAUUGCGUUGACAGGAAGUGUGUGUUUUGCGCCCAUUGCGAUCUGCCUGCCCGCGUGGUUGUGGCUCCAUGAUCAUGGAGACUGGAAGCGCGGCGGCGUCAUGAAGAAGGCGGCGUACUAUGGUCAUUGGCUGUUGAUCCUGCUUGGCGUGUUCUUGUGUAUUGGAGGAACGUAUGCGGUGAUCAACAGUAUCAUCACGUCGUAUGCGAGUGGAUUGAUUGGCAGCGCAUUCAGCUGUGCAGAUAAUUCAGGGACUGUACAUUGA